GGCGCUCUGUCCUCGCGCGCUGUGCAGUAAGUUGCAGGCGGCUCGAGCUGCUGCUGCGUGCCUCUGCUGCUCCGGAGGGGGAAACUCUCCUCCUCGCGCGACUUCCAGCUCUCUCUCCCCGCGCAGUGCGGAGCUGCCAUGGAGCCCGCGCGCACUCUCGCGCUCUUCACCGUGCUGCCACUUCUCCUGCACGCGGACGGCCUCUACGUCGCCAGUAGCAUAGAUUCCCUGCAGCAUGUGCUGGGGGACUAUGGACUGGUGAGGCCUGUUCUGACCGAUGCGGAGGGUCGCUUCUUGUCACACGCAGUAUCGGCCGGUCCAGCCGAUGGGCAGUUCCGUAGGCGCUGGCGAAGAGAGGCGGAAAAAGCUGGCCACGCCCACGACCAGGCCAGCGGGGACAACCAGGGGCUCUACUACAACGUCACCGUCUUCGGCCGGGAGUUCCACCUGCGCCUGCGCCCCAACAGGCGGCUAGUGGCCCCCGGAGCCAAGAUGGAGUGGCAGGGAUCGGACGGUACUCGCUUGGAGCCUCUGAGCAGCAGCUGCAUGUUUGUGGGCGACAUCACGGAUGUACAGGGAGCUUCUGUGGCCAUCAGUAACUGUGACGGUCUGGCGGGAAUGAUUCGGACGGAGCAGGAUGAGUUCUUCAUCGAGCCGGUGGAGAUGGGACAUCAUGUGAUCGAGCAGGAGGAAGGAGGCGAAGGCCGUCCUCACAUUGUGUACCGCUCUGCUGCCCUGAAGAAGCCACCUGCUAGCCCGCUCGCUGCUGAUUUCCACGCCAGAGGUGCUGAUCUGGGAGGUCUGAUGGACUUGGAGACUCUGUAUGAAGGAGUGGAGCGGAGUCUGAACCAGAGCCGCCGGGUCCGCAGGCAGUCUCCCGAACGAGCCUACAACAUCGAGGUGCUGCUGGGGGUGGACGACUCGGUGGUGCAGUUCCACGGACCCCAGCGUGUGGGGAAGUACCUCCUCACACUCAUGAACAUUGUGAAUGAAAUCUACCAUGACCAUUCCCUUGGAGCUCGCAUCAAUGUGGUCCUGGUUCGGAUUGUCUUGGUGGAUUCCAAAAAGUCUUCGAGUCUGAUUGAGUUGGGGAACCCGUCUCAGAGUCUGGAGAACGUGUGUCGCUGGGCGUUUGAGCAGCAGAGGAAGAACACAACCGAUAAAGAAUAUCACGACCACGCCAUCUUCCUCACUCGCCAAGAGUUCGGCCCCACAGGAAUGCAAGGCUACGCUCCUGUGACGGGCAUGUGCCACCCAGUAAGAAGUUGCACUUUAAACCAUGAAGACGGAUUCUCUUCUGCCUUUGUUGUGGCCCACGAGACAGGCCAUGUGCUGGGAAUGGAGCAUGAUGGUCAGGGGAAUAGGUGUGGGGACGAGGUGCAGAUGGGCAGUAUCAUGGCUCCGCUGGUGCAGGCCGCCUUCCACCGCUUUCACUGGUCACGCUGCAGCCAGCAGGAGCUCGGGCGCUACUUACACUCCUACGACUGUCUGCGAGACGACCCGUUUGAGCACACGUGGGAGGAGCUUCCCCAGCUGCCCGGCCUGCACUACUCCAUGAACGAGCAGUGCCGCUUCGACUUCGGCACCGGAUACAUGAUGUGCACAGCGCUGCAAAAGGUGGGGUCAUCAGGAGCCCAGUACCGCACCUAUGACCCAUGUAAGCAGCUGUGGUGCGCUCACCCAGACAACCCAUUCUUCUGCAAGACCAAGAAAGGACCCCCUAUUGACGGCACAACCUGUGGGGAAGGCAAGCACUGUUUUAAAGGGCACUGUGUGUGGCUGACCCCUGACAUCAUAAAACAGGAUGGGAACUGGGGUUUGUGGAGCGAGUUUGGUGGCUGCUCUAAGCCCUGCGGACGAGGCGUGCAGUUCCGCACUCGCGCUUGUGACAAUCCACGCCCUGCUAAUGGUGGACGGCCUUGCUCUGGCUCCAACUACCAGUUCCAGAUGUGUAACACUCACGAGUGUGAGGACCCGUACAGGGACUACAGAGCCGAGCAGUGCAGCAUGAUGGACAACAAAUUCGAGCACCACAACGCAAGACACCACUGGCUGCCUUAUGAACACCCUGAUCCUAAACAGCGCUGCAGCUUAUACUGCAAGUCCAAAGAGACACGAGUUGUGGUGAACAUGCAGGAGCUGGUGGACCCGGGCAUCCGCUGCUCCUACAAGGAUCCAUACAGUGUUUGUGUGUAUGGGGAGUGUGAGAAAGUAGGCUGUGAUAAUGUGGUGGGCUCCGGCCUUCAGGAGGACAAGUGUGGUGUGUGUGGAGGGGACGGCACCAAGUGCAAGACCAUCAAGUUCAACUUCAACGUCCCUGAUAAGAAAGGUGUUAUUAAAGUACUUGAAGUUCCCAGAGGCGCAAAGCAUCUGCUCGUCCAAGAACUGAAUGGAACGUCGCAUAUUUUGGCUGUGAAGAACAAAGCUUCCGGUGAUUUCUUUCUGAACUCUCAUGGAGAUUACCCAGAGACGCGCUCCAUCAUCGAGAAAGGGGUGGAGUGGGAGUACGAGAACAAGAACAAUAAGGAUACCAUUCAGACCACCGGCCCCCUGAAAAAUGAUGUUGUCAUCAUGAUCCGGAUGCACGGCUCAACCAGAACGAAGGUGUCGGCGAAGUACAUCAUUGAUAAUGAAAGACUGAGUGACGGGGCCAACGAGAACAACAUGGUGCCGGACAACGCAGUGCCGUACUCCUGGGUGUUGAAGAGAUGGACUCCCUGCUCCAAGACCUGCGGAGGAGGUACACAGACGACGCGCUACGGCUGCCGUAAAAAUGCUGAGAUGAGGAUGGUGCACCGGAGCUUCUGUGAUAAAAUCAGGAAGCCCCCCGACUUUUACAGAGAUUGCUACCUAAGAGAGUGUGUUCAGCCCAUAUGGGUGGCUGGAGAGUGGGGGGAGUGCAGUAAGUCCUGUGGCAGGUCGGGCACUCAGACCCGCUCUGUGCGCUGCGUCCAGCCUCUGGGAGACGGGAAGUUCAAGUCCGUCCGCAGUCGGUACUGCAGUGAUGAGCGUCCGGAGUCCCGCAGAGACUGCAACCGCAUGCUCUGCCCUGCAGAGUGGAAACUGGGCCCAUGGUCACAGUGUUCUGUGACAUGUGGGAACGGGACUCAGGAGAGGCCGGUGCUCUGCCACACUCGAGACAACACCAUCGGCCUGUGCCUGGACUCCAAACCAGCGGCACUGAGACCCUGCAGAAUGGAUCCCUGUCCCAAGAGCAUGUCGGACUUCAACAAGCAUGGCAACUUCCUGAUCCAGUGGCUUUCGCGUCACGACCCCAAGUACCCCGUGCAGAGGAUGUCAAGGCCACGAUGUAACACUGAUCGCUCAGUGUUCUGCAAAAUGGAGGUGCUGUACCAGUACUGUUCCCUGCCUAGCUUCCAGCGCAUAUGCUGCAAGUCCUGCAGUACCCACAACAACCACACGAACAGUGAUGCACCCACAGGUCCUCUAUUAACCACCACUCAAAGGGUGCAAAGUAAAGAGCCUUCCAGCUCUACCACAACUACAACUUCCAUUUCCCAUAAGAAAACUACAACGCCACCCUCUGCCAGACAUACGAGGACCACUGAAGCAGUCACUUCCUCACUUAGGACCACAGAACAUGGUACUUUGUCAUCUAUGUCUUUUGAAACACCAACAGAAGGCAAUGUUGACCCUGCAACUCCCAGCAUGAUUGAGACCACAAUGUUGGCCACAUCUUCUGCACCAUUGACCACCUUGACCCUUCAGAGCUUUGAGAUCAUUGACGGUGUGACGGCUAACACUACAUUUAGUGUCGAUGACAUGACCGUGACAACCCUACUGGAAGAACAAAUGGUCAACAGCAAUGGUGCACCACCUGAGAUGCAGACCAUAUCAACCAGCGGAGAUGGAGAGGAAGAGAUAACCACUUCAGGUUGGCUUGAGGUUGAAAUACCUACCGAUACCAAUGUGCCACUUACUGUGGUAACACUAUUGCAAACCACAGAAGAAAUGAAUACGCCUGAAGAAGUUACCUCUCCAGCAACAUCCCUCAUAACAAAGGCCUUGACAACAGCACCCAUGACAACGACAUCUCUCACAAUGCCAACCACAACAUCAGCAUUACCAACAACAUCAGCCUUAACAACAGAACCUAUGACAACAGAAUCUCUCACAAUACCAACUACGACACCAGCACUCCCCACAACCUCAGCCUUAACAACAGCACCCAUGACAACAGAAUCUCUCACAAUACCAACUACGACAUCAGCACUCCCUAUAACCUCUGCCUUAACAACAGCACCCAUGACAACGGAAUCUCUCACAAUGCCAACUACAACCUCAGCAAUCCCCAUAACAUCAGCCUUAACUACAGCAUCCAUGACAACGGAAUCUCUCACAAUGCCAAUUACGACAUCAUCAUCCUUCACGACAACAGAACCAGAAACAUCCUCAUCAUUUAUGAUGCCAGCAACGAUGGCGACAACAGAGAUGUCAACAAUAACAAAGAAGAAUCAAGCAAAAAAGCCAACAACGGCAAAGAAAACUACAACAAAACCAACCGAGAAGUCAACAACGAAGAAGACACCAAUAAAGAAGCCAACAACAGUAAAGAAAACUACAACAAAACCAACCGAGAAGUCAACGACGAAGAAGACACCAACAAAGAAGCCAACAGUAAAGAAGAUGGCACCGAAACAAACAGAGAAGUCAACAGUUAAAAAGACACCAACAAAGAAGCCAACAACAGUAAAGAAAACUACAACGAAACCAACAGACAAGUCAACAAUAAAGAAGACGCCAACAAAGAAGCCAUUCACAGUAAAGAAAACUACAGUGAAACAAACAGAGAAAACAACCUCAGCAAAUAAAACUCUUACAUUGCUACAAGAGAAGACAACAAUAAAGAAGACACCAACUAAGAAGCCAACAACUGCAAAGAAAACUACAACAAAACCAACAGGGAAGACAGCAACAGCAAAGAAAACUACUACAACACUAAAAGAUAAAACAACAGUUAAGAAGACACCAACAGAGAAGGCACCAAUGGCAAAGAAAACUCCAGAAACAAAACUAACAGAAAAGACAACAAUGGCAAAGAAAACUCCAACAACAAAACUAACAGAAAAGACAACAAUGGCAAAGAAAACUCCAACAACAAAACUAACAGAGAAGACAACAUCAAAGAAAACUACAACAAAAACAACUAAGGAGACGACAGCAGCAGAGGAAACUACAAUAUACCCAACAGAGGAAACAACAACAACAGAGGAAACUACAAUAUACCCAACAGAGGAAACAACAACAACAGAAGAAACUACAAUAUACCCAACAGAGGAAACAACAACAACAACAGAGGAAACUACAAUAUACCCAACAGAGGAAACACCAACAGCAGAGGAAACUGCAAUAAAACCAACAGAGGAGACAACACCAGCAGCAGAGGAAACAACAAUAGCAGAGGAAACUGCAAUAAAACCAACAGAGGAGACAACACCAGCAGCAGAGGAAACAACAAUAGCAGAGGAAACUACAAUGGUACCAACAGAGGAAACAACAACAACAGAGGAAACUACAAUAUACCCAACAGAGGAAACAACAACAGCAGAGGAUCCAACAGAGAUAAUAACGGCAACAACAAUAAUAGCAACAACAACCAUAGCCAGACCGGCCAACAGAGAAGAGGAACACAACGCUAUUGAGGUUCCUUUACGAAACACAGGAGUAGACGCAGACUUGCCCGAGGGUAAUGUGAUUCCCUGGCGAAGUCGCAUCUUCCUGCACGAACGAACGCGCAACAAACGCAUCCAGGAGCUUCUGGAGGAGAAGCGGAACUUCUUACGUAGAAUGAAAAGAGCUCACGGCGUCUGAGCCCGGCCCGGUUUCUCUUAUAGAGAGAUACGUCUAUGCAGUCUUUAAAGUCUUGGUGCUUGGACUAAGUACUGGAAGAUGGUCAAUCUUGUACAUGACGGUAUCCACCAUAGUGCUUCCCACUUUCACUUUCCCGAUCAAACUGAACUUUGUGGAGCCAAACCACUAGCAGAUGUUUGCACAGGUGCUCUGAAUGAACAGAGCUGCUCCAAAAAAGGGAAUUUCUGCUUCAAACUGAUUUGUGUAAAAACCAGGAAAUACAGUGAAGAUUCCCUGCAGAUCAGUAACGGGACACACAUACAUUCACACACACGCGCAUAUUUAUA